CCCCGAGAGAGCUCUAGUCGGUGGGCGCUGAGUGCGUGGCUUCCAGUCUUUACACUUCAGCUGGAAGCUUGUUCCCCCGAGGGCUUGGCACACAGCAUCGACUGCUGCUGCUGAAGCCACAGAGUCACCUGGGGAAAAUGUGCCAGAAAAAAUCCGGUGUCUGCAGGAUCAGCACCGAUUGUUCAGAUGCUCAAAGAGCAGAGAACGUUUAGCAACUACAAUGGCUUUCCAAAGGAAAGGGCUGCAAGCAAGGACACUUAGUUCUGAAGAAGAGGAGAAACUGCAAAGAGACCGAGCUGUGGUGUCUGAUUUUAAACAGCAAAAACUGGAAAAAGAUGCUCAGAAGAACUGGGACCUUUUCUACAAAAGAAACAGUACCAAUUUUUUCAAAGACAGACACUGGACCACCAGAGAGUUUGAGGAGCUAAGAUCAUGUAGGGAGUAUGAAGGUCAAAAAUUGACUUUGUUGGAAGCUGGAUGUGGGGUUGGGAACUGUUUAUUCCCACUUUUAGAAGAAGACUUGAAUAUCUUUGCCUAUGCCUGUGAUUUUUCUCCAAGGGCAGUAGACUAUGUUAAGCAAAAUCCUUCAUAUAAUAGAGAGAGAUGCAAAGUAUUCCAGUGUGACCUCACUAAAGAUGACCUCCUUGACCACAUCCCACCAGAGUCUGUGGAUGUCGUCAUGUUGAUCUUUGUGCUCUCAGCUGUCCACCCGGAGAAGAUGCACCUUGUCUUACUAAAUGUGUACAAGGUAUUAAAACCAGGCAGAAGUGUCUUGUUCCGUGACUAUGGGCUGCAUGAUCAUGCUAUGCUUAGAUUUAAAGCUGGAAGCAAACUUGGAGAAAAUUUUUAUGUCAGACAAGAUGGAACCAGAUCCUAUUUCUUUACUGAUGAGUUCCUGGCGAAGCUCUUUGUGGAUUCCGGCUAUGAAGAAGUGGCAAAAGAAUAUGUGUUUCGAGAAACAGUGAACAGAAAAGAAGGCCUGUGCGUGCCUCGAGUUUUCCUUCAGAGCAAAUUCCGGAAACCUCCAAAGAACACAGACUUGACUGACCAUUGACUCUGCUUCACUUGAAGAAAAGAGUUUUAAACUCCUUCAUAUAUUUUUAUAUUCUGAAUUUUUAAAAUUACAUUUGUAAGUUUUGUAUUAAGAAGUGAGGAGAUGGCUCAGCAGGUAAAGUGUUAGCUGUGCAAGCCUGACCCCAGGAAUCUAUCUAGGAAAAAAAGACAGGGUGCUAGAGAGAUGGCUGCCCUUGCAGAGGACCUGGGUUCCAUUUCCAGCACCCACAUGGCAGCUCACAACCAUCUGUAACUCUAGUCCCAGGGUAUCAGUGAGGAUGGAAUGCCUUUUCUGGCCUCUACAGAUGCACAGACACACAUGCAGGCAAAACACCCAAAUUAAAGAAAAUAGCCCGGUUUGGCAAUUUGAAUCUGUAAUCCCAGCACUCCUACCUCAAGAGAAGCAGAGGUAAGAAUCAUCUGGAAGCUCCAGGACCAACCAGCCUAGAGUCCACAGUAGCAGGGAAGAGACAAGACCUGGCCUCAGAAAGGUAGAGGGUGAGAACCCAUGCCUAAGAAUUGUUCUCUGACUGCUACAUGUGCACAAAUGAGUGAUGAACAGUGAGUAUAUUUGUAUACUAGGAAAACAAGAUUAUAAGUCAAGUUUUGUGGUUUAGUUGUGUUGUACAAAUCUCAGUCUCCACAAAGGAAAGCAGGGAGCCAAGCGUGUAAAUACACAAAUUAAGUGUGCAAAUCAAGCAUUUGAUAAUAAAUCAAGACAAUUCUUUGACCUUACCAUUUAUUAAAGACAAAAAAGCAAAUUUGCGUAAUAAUCAGGUGGGUGUGCUUGUUUAUUUUUAUAUAAAAUAUUAAAUCAUUAAAUCUUAAGUGUAGUGGUACACACCUUUGAUCCCAGCACUCAGGAGGCAGAGACAGUUGGAUCUCUGUGAUUUGGAGGCCAGCCUGGUCUACAAAGAGUUCCAGGACAGCCAGGAUUAUAGGGCACUGUCUCGAAAAACAAAAAAAAAAAAAAAAAUUAAAUCCUGUGUUGGGACUGACUGUUCAGUUGGUAGAAUGCUUGCCUAGCAUGCAUGAAACCCUAGGUCUCAUCCCCAUCACUGAUUAACCAGGUGUGGUGGCACACACCCAUAAUCUCAGUACCCAUGUGGCAGCUCAGGGAUGAAAACAGAGUUAAGUGUUGGAGCUAAGAAGACGGGGUGCUUGUUAUAUAAGUGAAGACCUAAUUUGAAUCCCAAGAAUCUGCAUGAAACUGGUCAUGGCACCAUGCAUCAGUAAUCCUAGCAAUGUGAGGUAGGAACAAAAUUUCCCAGAAGUUUGAGGGUCAGCUAGCCAGUUGUGCAACCACAAACAACAGAGAUAACAUGGUACAAUACCAGAGGUUGUCCUACCUCACACAGUGUCCUGACACACAAGAAUGUCUGUGCACACAUCAUGCUUGUAAAUACACACAAAAAGAUAAGCACAUUGAAAGCCAAUGGUAUGGCUCAGCAGAUAAUAGGCAGUUGCCAGCAAGCCUGCUGACUCUGUUCAAUACAUGGAACCCACAUUAUACAAGGAGAGAACUGGCUCCCACAGAUUGUUCUCUGGCCUCCAUAUGAGCACCAUGGGACACAUGCACCCAUGUGUAAACACACAACGCUAAUAAAGAUUUUUUUUUUAAUUGUUUUAAUUUUUUGUUACAUAGGGUUUCUCUGUGUAGCCCUGGCUGUCCUAGAACUCAAUCUGUAGACCAGGCUGGCCUCAAACUCACAGAUAUACCUUCUUCUGCCUCCUCUGUUGUGGCCAUCUGUGGUAGCCCCACACCUGUUGUGACCCAUCUUUAUGGGUCUUCAGUGGGAUCCAGCCGACUUGCUGGUUGCUGGUUCGUAUCUGAGAGGGCAAGUGUGGAUUGAGAAGUGGCUAAGAACUACGUGCUGUGAUUAAAGGUGUGCACCAUUACCACUCAGCCUUUUCUUUUUUUUUUUUUUUUUUUUUUUUUUUUUGUAGGCAGCGUCUCUUUAUGUAGUCCAGACUGUUCUGGAACUUGCCGUAGACCAGCUGCCCUCAACUCAGAGAUCCACCUCCCUCUGCCUCCUGAUUGCUGGGAUUAAAGGUGUGUACAAUUGAGGCCAGGCUGGGCUACAGGAGACUCCUGCCCCUAAACAAAAAGCCAAGGAUUAAAUCUUGGCUGAAUACUUAAUACAAUAAGAUAUUGAGCAUCUUCA